CGGGACAUCAGUAAAUCAUCGUCCGCCGUCGUUCGCCGCCAGUUAUCAAACACCCGUCGCACACACACACCAAUAAUCAAUCCGAAAUGAGCGUAAAAAUGGUAAUUAUCAUUGUUAUUCGUUUACUCGUCGCCGGAGCGGGAUCGACAGGGGCUUAGGGGGCUAUAGACGUGUACCGCGAGUCGAAGGGAGUGUCACACGAUGUGUAUACUUACAAACUAUAAGAUUUCGCUAUCGUUAAACGCGAGUCAAACGAACGAAUUCCAAAAUUACUUGACGCAACAUUUAUGUGCGCACGUUUUUUUUUUUUAUUAGUUUGGAUCCGGCCGGGUACUCGAUAAGGAUUGUAUCCUUGUCACACCGAUCGUCUCUUGUUCCAGUACAGAUAAUGCGACUCGUUGUCUGAUGUUCGCGUGUCUGUACGGAAAUGUUUACGGUUUUCAGGGGAUUGACGAUACUGUCGUUCGCAUAUAUCGUAAAAUAUUAAUAUUUACACGUUUUUGAUUGACAGUCGUUGUUCGCGCUGUUCGCUUGCAGUCUCGCCGUCCUGUCCGCCGCCGCGCCCGCACCGUCAGGAGUGCCACUAGCCCUAUCGGCUCCGUUGGUGGCGCCCGCCGCCGCAGUGGUCGCCGCCGCCCCAGCCCCGGCGCCGGUGGUCACCGCUUACAGCUCGCAGUACGUGGCCAGGAACUACAACGGCAUUGCCGUCGCCCCGGCCGUCGUCCCGUCCGCGGCCUACUUGAGCUACCCGCAGGUGUACGCGCCGUCGUACGCACCGGCGUACGCGGGCCCACUGGUCGAGGAAUAUCUGUUCUGAACGGCACAAGUUUAAAGCACUCAACUGCUCUUCGCAACACGAAUACGUUUUCUCUUCGAUUUUACAUUGUUCUGUACCUAUAUAUAAUAUAAUGUUGUAAUAUUUUGUAAAAAAAAAAAAAUGAAUAAUAAAAAACCAGCUAAAGGCCUUUUAAACUACAAA